AUGCAAAGGGAGGCCGAAGGUGCUGUCUUCAGCCCAACCGGAUUAUUCUUCAAACACUUUCUUGACCGUGCCAAUGGUAGAGGCCAUAAUCUGCCCUUCCUACAGAAACUUCGAACCGUGAGGUUCCUUAUCAACUCUACUGCAAAGUAUGAUCCAGACGAGUAUCAGCCCUUCGAUCUCUAUGGUAGUUUGAACUUGAUCCGCCGUUUGCCAGCCAUCGAGUCGGUGCGUGUUGAUGGGAUCAUGGAGCCUAUACGGUCGAGCAUAGAACUUCCACCGCGAACAGCCAAUUACAGCAAGAUCGAAAUAAGGCACUCAAGCAUGGAUUAUCCAUACCUCAUUCAUACAAUUAGAUCCGCCAAAACUCUAAGAGAGUUUACCUAUACUAUUGGAGGCCAUGGAAGCAACAACGACAGUAUCGCCAUGUUGAACCCUGAUGAUCUAUUUCGGACCCUGCUAGAGUACUGGGACUCUCUCGAAUACCUGGAUCUUGAUGUUGAGGCUGAGCUUUCACUUAAAGAAAUUUUCGACCCCAAUGUAGGUCGACUAUUCUUCGGUGACUAUCGUUCCUGGUAUGGGCCGGCCUAUUUUUAUGAGUGGGAGGGAGAGCUCGGCGAACGACCUGAAGACAACAUUCUUCUAACAGAGAGACCACCUCCGACCUGCUGUUUUCUGCGCAGGUUCACCAAAUUGAGGAGCCUUAGCAUAGGAAUUCAUUUAUUGUACUACUUUGCCAGGGGCAUUGACAACGAUCGGCUGAGUGAGGAAGUAUUCUCACUUGCGGACCGGCUACCACCGAAUCUAGAGUCGUUACGGAUUUAUGGGUAUGCAAAGGGAAUGGAACCGUGGGUUGAGGGCCUUCCACCGCACAUUUUUGAUGAUAUGCUGUCGCAGUUGGUUAAGGAGAAGGACGAGAAGCUGCCACUCCUGACGCAUAUCGCGGGAAUCGAAGAAUUGAUUGAUCAUGCAGCGACGCUUCGGCGCCCGGUGAACCCAGAGGAUGUAUGGAAGCGAGAAGUCGAUCAAUGGACGGAGUAUGAAUAUUGA